AUGAACUGGGCGUUCCUCCAGGGCCUCCUGAGCGGGGUCAACAAGUAUUCGACCAUUCUUGGCCAAGUCUGGCUGUCGGUGGUACUGAUAUUUCGAGUACUGGUGUACGUGGUAGCAGCAGAGGAGGUGUGGGACGAUGAACAGAAGGAUUUUGACUGCAAUACUCGACAGCCGGGUUGUGCCAACGUCUGCUACGACCACAUCUUCCCCAUCUCCCACAUCCGCCUGUGGGCCCUGCAGCUCAUCCUGGUCACAUGCCCCUCGCUGCUCGUCGUCAUGCACGUAGCCUAUCGAGAGGAGCGGGAGCGGAGGCAUCGGAUGAAGCACGGCCCUCAGGCCAGGCCCCUCUACGGCAACCCGGGAAAGAAGCGAGGAGGUCUCUGGUGGACCUACCUACUGAGCCUGAUAUUCAAGGCUAGUGUAGAUGCCGGCUUCCUGUACAUUUUCCAUCGCCUCUAUAAGAAUUAUGACAUGCCACGUGUGGUGCACUGCUCCGUGGACCCCUGCCCCAAUGUGGUAGAUUGUUUCAUCUCUCGACCCACGGAGAAGAAGAUAUUUUCCUACUUUAUGGUGGCCACGGCUGUUAUCUGCAUCCUGCUCAAUCUGGGGGAGUUAUCCUAUCUGAUCUGUAAGAGAUGCCAGGAGCUCCUAGGACCACAGAACUCUAAGCAUCGAAGGCAUCAGAAGCGUGGCCACCACGGUCCCUUGGGGUCCCUGCAGGAUGCCUGCCCCCCUUAUGCUCCCUCCCAAGCUUUGUCACGAGGUGACCCCACCAAGGAGGCUACAUUGCCUUGUUGA